AUGCUGUUGGCAAUUCUGGCGUUCACCCUGAUAGGAGUGCUCGCGGUUGCAUUGCUUUCGGUGUUUACUCGAAUCAAGCAGCUCCCACUUUAUUUACUGCUGCCACUGGUUCUGUCAAUAUAUAUUCCUCUAUCAAUUGUUGUUCUCGUGCCUAUUGAUUUGGCCAACAAUGACGGCUCAGGACUCGGCGAUGGGGGCAAACUUAUUAUGUGGAGAAUUAUUUACUGGCUCUCGUUUGUCCUUACAUGGGCGGUACUUCCUGUGCUCCAAUUCUACGUGCAAAGUGGUCAUUACGAUCCCAUCCAACGCUUGAAGGAUGCCCUUCGAGCUAAUUUGAAAUACCAAAUUAUUUUGAUUGCCACUGGCGUGGUUGGUUUGUUGUAUAUGGGCCUUUCAAUUGGUUUGAACUUUACGAAUUUGAAGGCCCUGGCCGUCGCGCUGUCGUAUUCCUAUGCCCUAGUGUUGGCCAUCUGGAUGCUCGGUCACGGGCUAGUCAAUAUUCCCCGCAAUGCUUGGAAUGACAACCCCAGUCACCGCCUCAGGUAUCUGUACAUGCAUGCUACGGCUACGUGUGAUGCCUAUGCCGAAGCUCAGUCCGAUUACGAUGAUGCCGUAGCCAAAAUCAUGGCCCUCAUCCCUAUCAAGACUGCCAAGUAUGAGGAAUGGAUCGAUGAGCUGGUCGAAGACAUCAGGCGUCAAAGCUUACCUUUAAGUCGAUCCACUGCUCGAACACCAGCUGUUGCCUACGUCACUGAAGAGUAUCUGGCCGGGUUGGCUCGUCGCUUUUAUAAAACGCUGCACCGGGCUAUUCGUGCGAGAGCCGACUGGUCGAAACUCGUUCAUGAUUCGGCGUUCUAUGAAGACCUGCAGACCUCCGAGCAGACGGGGAACCUCGAGUUUAGACUUUAUUCAACAAGGCUCCCUGCUCAACUCGCAAAUUUGUAUUAUAUCUCUCUUCGAACUCCCACAACCAAGGUAUUGGCUGUAUUUUUGGCUCUGCUAUCAUUGAGUCUAGCCUGGAGCGAGGGUGUUGCUGGCUCAAAACUUUCGCUUGUGGAUUUAAUGGUGCAGGGCGCAAAUUCUUUUGGCAGCGUUCUCAUCGCGGCCAUUAUCCUGGGGUACAUGUGUUGGGCCGCAUUUUCUGCGCUUUACUGUCUAAGGGUUUUCAACAUUUACGGCCUUGUGCAUCAUGAUUCCGACCCAUCUUCUCUUUUGUUUUAUGCAAUGUACGCUUGUCGGUUGGCUGUGCCCCUAAGCUACAACUUUUUGAUUAUGAACACUGCCCGUCCCACCGUAUUCGAACACUUUCUGGGACAGUAUAUUAAUCUGACCCCACUGGGAAAGUAUUUCAGUUUGCUUCUUCCUCGCUUCAUUUAUUUACCAAUGGUUCUCACGCUGUUCCAUUUCUACGAUAAAAUAAAAGGCUAUCUGGGGUUCGGUAUCGAUGCGUUUGACGUCGAUUCUUUAACGACUUCCACCGAGGCUGAGGGAAAAGACCUGAUUAACCGAGCCUUGAAUGACUCUAGAUUCAAAUGGGGAAUGAACACUGCACAGUUGUCAUAA